CCGCUGCAUUCCCCCUUCAUUUCGGAUUAAUCAGACAGAGAUAUGACAAAACCAGAGCAUAUAAAUGACAGUCCCUAAGAGCGAGUGAUCUUUGCCAACCUCAGGGGCCCCCAAGCUCCCAGCAUAGCACGUAUGACUGUGCAAACAAACCUAUUAGUCCACGCAAUGUGUCUUAAUUGUGGGGCACUUCUGAGAAGUCUCGUUGCAGUGGCCACACACAAAGAAUGGGCGUGAGUACUCCCUCGAAAGGCAGCCCAGAGACUCAUGCUUUUUUCUGCAGCAGUAGCAGCAGCAGCAGCGAUCUGAGCGCUCAAUUUACAGUCUUGGAGGGUGGGACAGAAAGCACACCAGCGGGAUGGAUAACGCAGGAAUUGCAACCGCAGAUGUCUGAAUACUCUCCCAAAAUCAACUAAGACGUGCAGGAGGGAGGGGAGUCUCAGUCGGAGAGAGUCUGAGUGCGUCUGUGUGUCAGAAGGUGUUUGAGAGAGUGAGGGAGCAUCACAUAUUGAGGAAGAGAGAGGGGAAGAUAGAAGGGACCGACUCUGGACCAGGUGAUCGAGAGCUAACAAACCUCCAAGGGGCUACCGGGCUGUAUCAGUGUGCACGGGAUCAGCGAUCCAACCAUGGUGCCAGCGCGCUGCCCGGGACGCUGUGCCAUACUGGCACUGACCCUCCUCUUGGGAUGCGGCGUGGCUUUCUGCCUUGGCCAGAACGACACGGAACCCAUAGUUCUCGAGGGGAAGUGUCUAGUGGUGUGCGACUCGAACCCUUCUUCGGACGGCGCAGUCACCUCCUCACUUGGCAUUUCAGUCCGCUCCGCUGGGGCAAAGGUGGCUUUUUCAGCCGUGCGUGGAACCAACCAUGAGCCGUCAGAGAUGAGCAACACGUCCAUGACCAUCUAUUUUGACCAGGUUUUAGUGAACAUCGGCAACCAUUUCGAUCUCAAAACGAGUGUUUUCCAGGCUCCAAGAAGGGGAAUCUAUAGUUUCAGCUUUCACGUGGUGAAGGUCUACAACAGACAAACUAUACAGGUGAACCUGAUGCAGAAUGAUUAUCCGGUUAUAUCAGCAUUCGCCGGUGACCAGGACGUUACGAGAGAGGCGGCCAGCAACGGAGUACUGCUGAUGGUUGAACGGGAGGACCGUGUCUAUCUGAAGCUGGAACGGGGCACCCUAAUGGGCGGAUGGAAAUACUCCACCUUCUCAGGCUUUCUAGUCUUUCCUCUAUAAUCUAAUCUGCGAUGACUCAUGUCGCAUGGGACUCUGCUUAGGUUGAGGAACCAAAAAAGAAAAAAAAAGAAAAAAACGAAAAAAACAUGCCAUUUAUUUUUAACUAAAAUAACUGUCAGCCAAGGAAGCCGACGAAUAUCUGUAUACCUACACUCGUCCACUAUCUAGUCAAAUCUGAACGUUUCCUUGGAGUUUCAUAUAUUCAAAUCCAUCAGCCAACUCUAACGCAAUCUGGAUGAUUCAACGUGGCCCGUACUUGUCGGGUACGUGGAUUUUUUCCCCCCCCUUGCUUGGAAAACAAACUUUGCCGACAGACAAACGGGUGUACCUGAGAGGAAAUGGACAAAGGAGAAGAUGGGGGGAGUGGAGGAACUGACACCUUGGAGAGGCCGAGUGUGUUAUGCUCUAUUUUAUGUUUGUAUAGCCUUAAACAAUUUAUGGUUUCCGUCCAAGUGAAGUAUAUGGAAUUAUAUGGACAAACAACAGAAGAAGUGCUUUCACGCCCAAGGCAUUUUUUUUGCACGAAUGGAAGUUUUAUCUUUAUGUUUUGUGCUGUCAAUGGUGUUGCGUUUGGAUGCUGAACAUAUUGAAAAUACGCCAAAUGUAGGCCGCCGACGAGUUUAUUUAAAAGAGAAAAAAAAGGCGACAUAUUUCAGCCACCGAAGACGACUUAGAGCCCUUUUAUUUAAAAAAAAAAUAGUAACAAUGAUAUAAUUUAUAAAGUACAUAUUCACAUUAUUGUGUGUUCUACAUUUCGGAAUCUGCGUAGCUUUGACUGAUUUAAUGUUCAGUGACGUUGCUCACCAAAUGUACAUUGUGGAAAUUAUAGAAGAAUCCCUAUGUCCCGCUUAAUAAAAGGUAUUGUAUUGUA